AUGCAAUAUUGGUGUGGUGGUUACCACAAUCCCCAGGCUGAGCAGCACCGUCUUGGAGCUCUGCCCAGAAAACGAGAGGGUCAUGUCUACGCAAGUCCCUGCAACGAACAGGUGACCUGUCCCACCUUUCGCCCAAUGUCAGCAGGGAUUUUCCCCAGCCCCCUGCAACCCUCAACAAUAGACGAUGAAUGGAUGUUUUGGGGAGAGUUUUACUCUUUGUACGUCAAACUGGCGACCGUAGUGGGAAAGAAAGGAAAGAAGGCUGAGGAGGAGGAGCAGCAGCCUGCAGCCCCUGCAGCAGCAGCAGCACCACCAGCAGCAACAGCAGCAGCAGCAGCAGCAGCAGCAGAAGAGGAGGAAGAGGAGGAGUAUGUGGUGGAGAAGGUUUUGGACCGCAGAGUGGUGAAGGGCAAAGUGGAGUUUCUGUUGAAAUGGAAAGGAUUCUCAGAUGAAGAUAAUACAUGGGAACCAGAGGAGAACUUGGACUGCCCUGACCUUAUUGCAGAGUACAUGCAGAAACACAAAGAGAAGGAGGAGAAAAAGAAGGAGAGCAAGAGGAAAGCUACCAGUGAGGCCUCGGGAGACUCAGAAGAGCGAGGGAGCAAGAGGAAGAAGGAGGAGGGUGAGAAGGCCAGAGGUUUUGGCAGAGGUCUGCAGCCAGAGAGGAUUAUUGGAGCAACAGACUCGAGUGGAGAGCUGAUGUUCCUCAUGAAGUGGAAGAACUCCGAUGAAGCCGACCUUGUCCCAGCCAAGGAGGCUAACAUCAAAUGUCCCCAGGUGGUCAUCUCUUUUUAUGAGGAGCGUCUCACCUGGCACUCUUACCCCACAGAGGAGGAGGAGAAGAAAGAGGAGGAGAAAAAAGACUAGAUGAGUAAAGGAGGAGGUGAAGUGUGGAGGUGUAGGGCGGGAAAUCAACUAUAUGCUGGUGAACUGUUGUCCAAGUUAGUUGACUGUAGCAGCCACUUUGGCAGGGAAAAUGAUGUAAACAAAAUCCCAAAUCAUUGGGAUUCAACUGCCAAUGUAGCUGACAGAGGUUUGUUUUCCUGCCCUGGAAGGAGACCGGUGUGCUUUCCUCAAAAGAUGCUCCCACUUGUGUCUCGACUGAAAAUAGAAUUUUUUUAAAGAGGUAUGUUGACACUUAUGUCUGUCUCAUUUGCGUUUUUUCCUUCACCAAGAACAUGUCGCUUGAUGGGAGUUGGUGCCUUUGUUCUGCUAGUAUUCCUCCUUAGUGUCACAAGCUGAAUAUUGAACUGAAUACAGUGAAAUGACUGUAAAGUGUUUGUCUCCUACAUUUGGUGACAGGUGCCUGGUGUUGGAAAUACAGGAACACAAUGCAAGCUGUCAAGCUACCUCUUUAACAUGUGCAUUCAUAUGAGAAGCUGAGUGUUUGGAUUUGGCCGGCAAGUUUGUCUCUCCUCCCAAUCACCGGUCCUCAUUUUGAAGUCUUGUUUAGAAAUGUUAUUGGCAGAUAGACGGUUUGGAGAGAACAAACUUCCCUUCCUGUUUUGUAAGGAUACACUGGAGGGAACCUCUUUUGAAAGGGAAAAAGGUGAGGCGAGGUAUUACAGAGGAGUAAAAGAACGGACAGAAACCAUUUGUCUCUUUUAGUAUCUGUUCUCUUUGUGCCACCUGAGUUCUCAUUAUUGCUGAUGUAAGGCUGAACUUCAUUUAAAACUCCCAAACACCAAAUGAUAACUUUACUUUUCACUCUCACAUGGACAGGUUGAUGUGCAGUCUACAUGAAAAGACCACCAGUAGUUGGAUUUGGCCAUUACAUGUCCUACCAGCCAAUGUGGCAGCCAACCAGCUAGUGCUCAGAAACAGUUUUUUUAAAUAGCUGACAAAGCUUUCCUUCAUUCCAGCCAUGGAUGAUGCUGCAGCUUGUACUUUGCUUCCUGUUAUUUAUUUACUUUUUUUUAAACUGAUGAACAUGUCUGUGUUUUAUCAAGCUAUAAGUUUAGGUUUUUGUACUUAUUUGGUGGAGAUUUUCUGUGAAUGUAAAACUGUCAAUCUGCCAUUUUUUGUGUGACACAAUCAUAUGCUCUCUUCAUAUCAAGUUGUUGAUUGGGAAGUUGCAUUAACAUGUUUUAGUUAGUCUUGGUAUCUUAUUGACCACUUGAAGACAAGAGGCACACUCAUGGACCGAUCAAGUACUAUUCAUACUAUUCACUGGCCUCAGAGUAUUUGUUUAAUGGCAAGCCAAAUAGUCACUUGAAAACAGGUCUAAAAGAACAUUACAAUAUACAGAGGUCAUAAGUCUCAUGUAAGUGCAAAGACUUAAGUUCAUUUCUUGGUAGCUAUGGCUGGUUUCAUUCCUGAAAUUUUCAUGCUAUUUUUUUUUUUUUCCUUUUUUUAACCUGUCAAAAUGGCUGGUAGAUUGUACACAAUUAACAGCUACAGCAAGAUCAGCAUCUGGCUGGUUGUAAUUUCCACUGAGUGAUGGGCACACUGUUUGACUACAGUUGAAGAGUUGCAUAUAGCAGUUUCUCAAAACAUUUAUAUUGCACUGGUUCAGGCAGUUAGGAAUGCCAGUUCAAGGCUUAUGUCCAACUAAGAACUCGUGUGGAGAAGCUGAGAUGCCUCUCGAUUUAUAGAUUAGAGGGGAGAAGAAUCGACAACUGAUGAUCAGUCAGACUGAAAUACAUCAUACAGCUAGAAUUGACACUGUGGGGCUGAGAGUCUGCAGAUACACUGUUUAUUUUCCCUGACUUGAGUUCAUUUUUAAGGGAUUUCUUCUGGAAAUCUUACACAGUAGACCAUCAUUUAGGCAUCAGUUUUUUAAAGUGAGCAAAAAGAUCAAAAUUGAUAAUCGGCCAGGCCAACAUUAGCCUAUCACAAAUAAAUUAGUAUUAAAAUAAAUGUCAUCCUAUAAAUGACAAGAAAUUGAGGUACAGAAAUGCCAAAGAUAUGCUUCAAAACAGUGUGAUCUUAUUAUUGUUUGUCCACCAGAGUGGUGACACAUUUCUUUUUUAACUGUAUGGUAUAGGAUAUGGGACUCUAUGGUCUUGCUCAAUACCAAUUUUUUUGGUUGCAAUGUUAAAAAUACAAAUUUAAGAAAAUCUUUAAAAAAAAUUUAAAUUCAAAAAUGACAAAUUGGUAUUAGCCUCAAAAUCCUAUAUUGGUCAGGGAAUAAUAAGAAUGCUGGGAGGCUUUGAAUAACUGGAGGUAGCUUCUACAUUUUAUGUACAAGAUAGAACUAUUGUAGCAGCUAAUGUAACUAGAUUAACAGUGUUAGGACUGGUGAACUGCCAUGAUUACAUAACAAAGCAUAGUGUAGUGACGAGGUCAGGACAGCUGUGUAACUGUCAGGGUGGGAAAUGACCAUCCAUAUGCUGGUUAAUUGUUGGCUGUAAUUCAUAUACUCAUCUGCUGUGCCAGCCACUUUGGCACAAACGCAUCCAACAAGCUUGUUUGGCUGAUGAAAAGGUGAAAGUGUUUAAUUCUCCUGCCACUUUGGCUGGUAGGUGGAGGUUUCCUGAUGAGACCAAGGCUUUAUCACUCAGUAGAUAUGUGCUCUAUAAUAAAUACAACUGGGUUUUACUGCUAGUAGAGGAGAUUAUUAAAAGUAUGUUAAGUAGUCUCCAUUUCCACAACCUUGUUUUUAAACCCUCACACACACUCUGGUAUGUGUGUUUUCUAGGCUGUGUUUUAGUUCGCACUGGUCGGGCAACAUUCAAGACAUGAUUCAGCACAUUUUGAGUAGUUCAUGGUUCCCUUUGCUUGUAUACAGGUCUAUGUUCGACAUAGGCUAUUUAUAGAACAUUCAUAUUUUCAAAAAUAUAAUAAGAGAACUUUUGAAUUAAGCAUGAUCAAGAUGAUCCCUUAAUAUGAGAGGUCUUUCUCUGGUGUCUUCUCUGCUAUUUAACGUUUUGUGUGUUGGAUGUAGCCCGGCUGUGCUUAUUUCCAGGUAUACUGUAUUAAAGUUAAUAUCGUAGCUUCCUCUUUUAGUGGACCUGGGUUAGCUCAUUCAAAUCCCCUUUAUCUGAACUGUUUGCUUCAGGUGGCCUCUUGCUGCUUUGAGAACUGAUCUUGAAGAGUGAAUUUAAUUCUGGAAAUAUUUUUCCUUAAUUAUAUUUUUCUAUUUGCAUUGGAUAUUGUCUUUCUGCUUCACCUCACUCUGCCUCAUGUCACAGCAACUUUUUAAAAAAUAUUUACCUUUUUCUCAAAUAAUUUGUUCAUUUUAAUUAGCCCUUACACUUAGUGAUGUGUUAUAGAAGACAUGUACUAACCUAAACAGUAAACAUAAAAACAGUCCAUCAUGUGACACAGAUUGUAUAAGCCUAUCAAAAUUCCUACAGUACUUCAUAUAAAAAGGCCAGAUGAUGACUCAUUACACACUUGACUAACACCAACUCUGUAAUGUCUUUGACCUGUAUUUGGCUUCUACUGAAGCUGAGUUAAAGGUCAGUGUGUCAGAAUAUUUUUUUCUUUCUGGUGUGUUGACUCAGCUGUAAAUACAGUUUUUAGUGUUUGAAGUCAAACCUCUGACUCUAAGGUAGCUGUGCAAAUUGCCCAUGCUGUUGUUUAGUUCUCUAAUCCUAACCUUUCUGCUUAUCUGUUUUCACACAAUGAAAUAUAUUAUUUUAGGUGUUCUGGCCUGUGGGACGCUCUUAUUUCUUCACUGUGUACAUCAGUAUUAUGAUUAAGAUGUCCUGCCCUCUGUUAUACCUCUCCAUUGACAGGAAGGGAUUGAAUUAGCUGUACCUGGGUCUGCUAGUUAGCUUUUCUAUCUUGUCUGACACUUUUCUCUAUAUUUAGCAGAUUAGCUUGUGUUGUCUUGUUGCUUGUAUAUUGGUUUUCCUUGGAAUGUCACUGUCAUGGCUUAUCUUCCUCUGAUUGUCAGUUUUGGACAAUAAAGGUUUUUCGUUUUCAUAA